UUCCGGUUCAGGUGUCAAGGUGGCGCCCAGCCCGCCUCGCCUCCUCUUUUCCGGUCUCAGUCCGGCGUGGCAGGGCGGGCAGGCAGCUUUACCCUUUCAAGACUCUCUCAUGGCUGCGCCCUGCCUCUCCUUCCGGCCUCAGCCUGUCAUGGCGGCGCCCUGAGUAACAACUUCUGAACUCAACUUCUCCAUUGUCAGGCUUUUUCUACCCUCCGGCUGCCAUGGCGGCGCCCCGAGUUCACCGGAAGUAAAAUGUCGGAAGUGAGGCGGUGCCUCUGCCCGGAAGCGAGCACGGCGCUGGGAAAGAUGGCGGCGGCUGCGGCGGCUGCGGCGGCGGGGGUGGGCAACGCGGUGCCUUGCGGGGCCCGGCCUUGCGGGGCCCGGCCCGGCAGGCAACCCAAGCCCGGGCCGCAGCCGCGCACCCUCCUCGCCGCCGGCCCAGCGCUCAUAGCGAGCGGUGACGAGCUGGUCGCAGCCGUGUGGCCAUACCGGCGGCUGGCGCUGCUGCGGCGCCUCACGGUGCUGCCGUUCGCGGGACUGCUCUAUCCGGCCUGGCUGGGCGCCGCGGCCGCCGGCUGCUGGGGCUGGGGCAGCAGCUGGGUGCAAAUCCCUGAAGCCGCGCUGCUCGUGCUCGCCACCAUCUGCCUCGCGCACGCGCUCACCGUCCUCUCGGGGCAUUGGUCCGUGCACGCGCACUGCGCGCUCACCUGCACCCCGGAGUACGACCCCAGCAAAGCAACCUUCGUGAAGGUGGUGCCAACCCCCAACAAUGGCUCCACUGAGCUCGUGGCCCUGCACCGGGACGAGGGUGAGGACGGACAGGAGGUGCUGUCCUUCGAAUUCCAGAAGAUCAAGUAUUCCUACGACGCCCUGGAGAAGAAGCGCUUCCUCCCUGUGGCCUUUCCCGUGGGAAAUGCCUUCUCAUACUACCAGAGCAGCAGAGGGUUCCAGGAGGACUCAGAGAUCCGUGCAGCUGAGAAGAAGUUUGGGAGCAACAAGGCUGAGAUGGUGGUGCCUGACUUCUCGGAGUUGUUCAAAGAGAGAGCCACAGCGCCCUUCUUCGUGUUCCAGGUGUUUUGCGUGGGGCUCUGGUGUCUGGAUGAGUAUUGGUACUACAGCGUCUUCACACUCUCCAUGCUGGUGGCCUUCGAGGCCUCCCUGGUGCAGCAGCAGAUGCGGAACAUGUCAGAGAUCCGGAAGAUGGGCAACAAGCCCCACAUGAUCCAGGUCUACCGUAGCCGGAAGUGGAGGCCCAUCGCCAGCGAUGAGAUUGUCCCCGGAGACAUCGUCUCCAUCGGCCGCUCCCCGCAGGAGAACCUAGUGCCGUGUGACGUGUUGCUGCUGCGGGGCCGCUGCAUUGUGGACGAGGCCAUGCUCACAGGGGAGUCGGUGCCACAGAUGAAGGAGCCCAUUGAAGACCUUAACCCUGACCGGGUCCUGGACCUCCAGGCCGACUCCCGGCUCCACGUCAUCUUUGGGGGCACCAAGGUGGUGCAGCACAUCCCGCCGCAGAAGGCCACCACAGGCCUGAAGCCAGUCGACAGUGGAUGUGUGGCCUACGUUCUCAGGACCGGAUUCAACACAUCCCAGGGCAAGCUGCUGCGCACCAUCCUCUUUGGAGUCAAGAGGGUGACUGCAAACAACCUGGAGACUUUCAUUUUCAUCCUCUUCCUCCUGGUCUUUGCCAUUGCAGCAGCCGCCUACGUGUGGAUUGAAGGCACCAAGGACCCCAGCCGGAACCGCUACAAGCUGUUUCUGGAAUGCACUCUGAUCCUCACCUCGGUCGUGCCCCCUGAGCUGCCCAUUGAGUUGUCUCUGGCUGUCAACACCUCCCUCAUCGCCCUGGCCAAGCUGUACAUGUACUGCACGGAGCCCUUCCGGAUUCCAUUCGCCGGCAAAGUGGAGGUGUGCUGCUUUGACAAGACCGGGACCCUGACUAGCGACAGCUUGGUCGUCCGUGGGGUGGCUGGGCUCAGAGAUGGGAAGGAGGUCACUCCUGUGUCCGGCAUCCCCGUAGAAACGCACCGUGCUCUGGCCUCAUGCCACUCCCUCAUGCAACUGGAUGAUGGCACCCUUGUGGGUGACCCCCUCGAGAAGGCUAUGCUGACAGCCGUGGACUGGACACUGACCAAAGAUGAGAAAGUAUUCCCCCGAAGUAUUAAAACUCAGGGGCUGAAAAUUCACCAGCGCUUUCAUUUUGCCAGUGCCCUAAAGCGAAUGUCCGUGCUCGCCUCCUAUGAGAAGCUAGGCUCCACUGAUCUCUGCUACAUCGCGGCUGUGAAGGGGGCCCCCGAAACCCUGCACUCCAUGUUCGCCCAGUGCCCACCUGACUACCACCACAUCCACACGGAGAUUUCCCGGGAAGGAGCCCGAGUCCUGGCGCUGGGGUACAAGGAGCUGGGGCACCUCACCCACCAGCAGGCCCGGGAGAUCAAACGGGAGGCCCUGGAGUGCAACCUCAAGUUCGUCGGCUUCAUUGUGGUCUCCUGCCCUCUCAAGGCUGACUCUAAGGCCGUGAUCCGCGAGAUCCAAAAUGCAUCCCACCGGGUGGUCAUGAUCACAGGUGACAACCCGCUCACUGCCUGCCACGUGGCUCAGGAGCUGCACUUCAUUGAAAAGGCACAAACGCUGAUCCUGCAGCCUCCCGUGCAGAAAGGUCGACCCUGCGAGUGGCGCUCCAUUGAUGGCAGUGUCGUGCUGCCCCUGGCCAAGGGCUCCCCGAAGGCGCUGGCCCUGGAGCAUGCCCUGUGCCUCACGGGUGAUGGCCUGGCCCACUUGCAGGCUGAGGACCCCCAGCAGCUGCUUCGCCUCAUCCCGCACGUGCAGGUGUUCGCCCGUGUGGCCCCCAAACAGAAGGAGUUUGUCAUCACCAGCCUGAAGGAGCUGGGCUACGUGACCCUCAUGUGUGGCGACGGCACCAAUGACGUGGGUGCCCUGAAGCAUGCCGACGUGGGUGUGGCACUCCUGGCCAAUGCCCCUGAGCGAGUUGUUGAACGGCGCCGACGGCCCCGAGACAGCCCUGUCCUGAGCAGCAGCGGCGUCCGGGCCACCUCCAGGGCGGCCAAGCAGAGGUCGGGGCUCCCGCCCUCCGAGGAGCAGCUGGCCUCCCAGCGGGUGAGUCACAGGAGGUGGGGGACACCAGCACCCGUUGGUGGCCAGGUCUUAUCCCUGCCGCCUGCCCCACAGGACCGCCUGAGCCAGGUGCUGCGGGAACUCGAGGAUGAGAGCACGCCCAUCGUGAAGCUGGGGGACGCCAGCAUCGCUGCCCCUUUCACCUCCAAGCUCUCCUCCAUCCAGUGCAUCUGCCACGUGAUCAAGCAGGGCCGCUGCACACUGGUGACCACGCUGCAGAUGUUCAAGAUCCUGGCACUCAAUGCCCUCAUCCUGGCCUAUAGCCAGAGUGUUCUCUACCUGGAGGGCGUCAAGUUCAGUGACUUCCAGGCCACGCUGCAGGGGCUGCUGCUGGCCGGCUGCUUCCUCUUCAUCUCCCGCUCCAAGCCCCUCAAGACUCUCUCCCGAGAGCGACCCCUGCCCAACAUCUUCAACCUGUACACUGUCCUCACGGUCGUGCUCCAGUUCUGUGUGCACUUCCUGAGUCUUGUCUACCUAUACAGAGAGGCCCAGGCCCGGAGCCCCGAGAAGCAGGAGCAGUUUGUGGACCUGUACAAGGAGUUUGAGCCGAGCCUGGUCAACAGCACCGUGUACAUCAUGGCUAUGGCCAUGCAGAUGGCCACCUUUGCCAUCAACUACAAAGGCCCACCGUUCAUGGAGAGCCUGCCAGAGAACAGGCCCCUAGUGUGGAGCCUGGCCGUGUCGCUCUUGGCCAUCGUGGGCCUGCUCCUUGGCUCCUCGCCUGACUUCAACAGUCAGUUUGGCCUCGUGGACAUCCCCGUGGAGUUCAAGCUCGUCAUCGCCCAGGUCCUGCUCCUGGACUUCUGCCUGGCGCUCCUGGCCGACCGUGUCCUGCAGUUCUUCCUGGGGACCCCGAAGCUGAAAGUGCCUUCCUGAGAUGGCAGUGCCGGCACUUGCUACCCAUGUCGGUGCCACUGGGCAGGAGCCCCAAGAGGGAACACUGCUCCCGUGGCGAGGCAGGCCCGGCCUUGCCGCCAGGACUGAGCUGAGCUGGGACCACCCCAGAGCCACCUGAGGGCCUGGCUGGCAGAACCAGCCCUGGGCCGGCCCCUUUGGUAAAUAAAGCCGCAUCCACCGUUUUAAGAA